AUGGCCGUCGUGAACAUAUCCUCAACCGAGCAGUUCAGCUCGCUCCUCCAAUCUUCACGAUUUGUCGUCGCAGACUUCUACGCCGACUGGUGUGGUCCCUGCAAAGCCAUCGCCCCUGUCUACGACUCCCUGGCAACGCAACUUUCCCGACCGAAUCACAUUACAUUCACCAAGAUCAAUGGCGACGAACAGAAAGAGCUUGCCCAGCUCUACAGCGUGCGAGCAUACCCGACCUUCAUAGUAUUCGAAAACGGCCGCAAAACACAGACCGUCGCCGGCGCGAACCCGCAAAAGCUUAACGAAGUCAUCCAGAAGCUAGCCUCCGAAGCGACCAAGUCCGACAGCGCGGGCGAAGGCAGCUCCGGCGCGACCUGGGUCGGCGCCGAGCUGGCCCGCGGCUACAGUGACGUGACAAGCCAGGUCGACACCCAGGGCCUGGAGCUGCUGAACCGGGACAGCCAGCUGGGCGGCCCGCGGGUGCUCUUCGACGGGGGCAAGCCGUCUGGGCUGAACAGCAAGGGCAAGGACGCGGGCGCGGCUGCAGCGGACUGGGUCGAGAGCGACACGGACGAGCAGCUGAUGCUAUUUAUUCCGUUCCAGGCGAAACUGAAGGUGUUCGCGCUGCAUGUGACGUCGCUGCCGUCGACGGGCGAUGAUGACGAGGCGCCGAUGCGGCCGCGCACGCUGAAGCUGUACACCAACCGCUCGCAUGUGCUUGGGUUCGACGAGGCGGAGGACAUUGACCCGGUGCAGACGGUGGAGAUCAAGCCAGAGGACUGGGAUGCAAAGACCGGGACGGCAGUUGUGAAUCUGCGGUUUGUUAAGUUCCAGAGUGUGACGUCGCUGGUGAUUUUCUUCGAGGAUGGCGAUGGAGACAGCGAGACGCUGCGCCUCGAUAGAAUUCGCAUUGUCGGCGAUGCCGGCGAAAAGAGAGCCAUGGGCAAGUUGGAGAAGAUUGGCGAUGAGCCGGGCGAGUAA